AUGACGACACGCGGGUGGAAUUUGAUUCGUAGCAAACCAGGAUUCGCGACUCAAGAAGAUCAAUGGGUCGGUACAAAACAACUAGGAGAAGGCGGUCAAGGCUGUGCAGGUUUAUUCGUCAAACGGGAUCCAAGCACACAAAAGAUCGUGGAUCGUAUGGUGGUCAAGGAGGCAGAUGUAACUAACUGGACCAAGGAGUACGAGUUCUUUGGUCCCAAGAAAGACAUUCCCAGAGAACACUACAUGAGCAUGAUCAUGCCUAAAGGCUCGAACAAUACGAUCGAUGUGAUGGGCUCUCGAUUGUUCCGCGACAGAAGCUGUAUUCGGCUAUACAUGGAAUAUUGCCCGGGAGGCGAUUUGUCGCAUUUUCUUGGAUUGUACCUCGAUCAAUCACUUACUUUCCCGGAGCCCUAUCUCUGGAAAGUAUUCCAAGAUCUCGCUCGAGCAAUACAUGCCAUGGACAACUUGUCUGGUCACGGAUUGCAAGGAGGUGAAUCUAUAGCUCAUAUCGACUUCAAACCGGCCAACAUCUUCCUUUGCUUGCCCGAUGAGAACAAUUUUCCAAAGUACCCUGUCGCCAAGUUGGCUGAUUUUGGGGGUGCAAUAAUUUGUUCAUCACGAGAUUCUGAGAAGGUGCACUCGGACAAGGUUCUUGAUGGUGCAUUUUCGCCAGGUUAUGCUGCUCCUGAGGUGGAACGGUUCUUCAAUCCUGGUCCCGCAGAUCGCAUCCCGGCAAGAGACGCAAGAGCUGGUGUCGUGCUGGCAGAUAUACCCAAAAGGGUUACCACUGCUACCAACGUCUGGAAUGCAGGCUUGAUCAUGCUCGAUCUCAUGAGUCUUCAGCAGUUGAAUUGGCCCAAGUUCAUAUCUCAAGUAUACAGUGCUCGUGAUACAUGGCUUGACAAUCUCAUCAACCAGAAGGACACUCAUCCCAGAUUGAAAGGCUAUAGCACUUUGCUCAAAGAUACAGUCAUACAAUGUCUCAACUAUGACCCCAGUCAGAGAACGACCCCAAAAGACCUCCUUGCUAGAGUCGAUCAGGGAGUGCGUCUGCAUGGUGGGCUCAUGCAAACCAAAGACUGCCUCGACACUAAAAAAUACAGAGGCCAGUAUGACCUCGACCCUAGAGUAGCGUUCACGGACGACUACCCCGUCACGCAGCCGGAAGACUGGCUUAUGGCUAAUGGCGACGUCGACGUCGACGAGGAAGAUGACGACGAUGAAGACUUUCCAUUUGCAAAGCCCGGUGGUGGUGGUGGUGGUGGUGGUGGUGGUGGUGGUGGUGGAGGCCCAACGCCGAAAACACCACACGGGAAAGCACAGGCUCGAUCAUCAUACAGCACAACGGCAGGUGCUCCCCAAGAUACACCCUUCAAGGGCUUCGUGUUCGGUCUCAAUGCUGGAGCGUCUACUCGUAACUUCUUCGAUGCCCCUGAUGAAGACUACGAGAUGGUCGACAGACCCGAACCCCGGCUUGUCUCUUUCAAGCAGAGUAAGAUGCGUGAGGCUAUGGAAGAUGAAAUGCCGGACCGACAAGAUGGCAGACCUGAACCUCCACAUGGCUUUGUUAAGAGCAGUCAAUUACGCCAGGCUAUGGAAGAUGGAAUGAUGGGCUAG